GCGAGAGGACGCGUGUUCAGGUUUCUCGGACCCCAGUAUUCUUUUUUUUAAUUCUUCAACUUCUCUUCUGGUGUUAUCGGUUCGUGACAAUUAACAGUGCAAUCCGUUCUCUCUAGUGCAACAAGUGAAUACUAUUUUUUUUUUAAUUUUAAUUUACAACUACAAAAUAUUACUUUAUUUAAAAUUUUUAACAAGUGUUAAAUAAUACAACGAAUAAACAAUCAUCGUUUCUAAACUGCUUCCAACACAACGACGGUGACGAAUGCAGAGCAAUGGGUUUUAAACUUGGUAUCAUCGCUCUUCAGAUGCGGAAGUGACGUCAAGAUAGACUACAUGAAAUAACAGGCCUUCACUUGGAUGGAAACGACAAUGGAAUCUACCUGAAUGCACCUAAUCGUGAUACGGCUAGUGGAUGGUCCUUUCAAUCCUUCGCCAGACGCCGAGGAAGCAAGAGGGUCCAGAAGAAGAAAAGCGACUCAACUUUUUUGAAUCACUUUUCUGAGCUGGGAUUUUUCCGUAAGCAAUUAUGUCGAAGUACGACAUUAAGAACGAGUGCGAUGUGGAGGCACAACGGGAGGUUCGACUUACGAGCUACACCGCGUCCUUAGAUGACACAGUUCAUUUUGUCGAAAAUAAAAAUUGCAAUAAUCUCCCUGCCGAGGUCGAAAAAAGAAUUCCCACCCUCGAAUUGCCCAAGAAUGAGGAAAAAAGAACUAAUGGCAAUGUUCCAAAUAAUCCUAAGGUAGAAUCAUCAGGUUGUUCCUCGUGUACAAGAUGGCUUUACCUGCGACUAAAAAGAACCUGCAGGAAAAAAUUACUCUAUAAAAGAAUACCAAUUUUGGAAUGGUUACCAAAAUAUAGAAGAGAAUACAUAGUGAGUGAUUUGGUGGCAGGUUUAACUGUCGGUCUGACUGUAAUUCCACAAGCCAUCGCAUAUGCCAAUGUAGCCGGACUUCCAUUGCAAUAUGGAUUAUACUCAUCUUUCAUGGCCUGUUUUGUGUAUACUAUUUUUGGAUCUUGUAAAGAUGUGCCAGUGGGUCCAACAGCCAUAGUAGCAAUUUUAACCAUGGAAACUCUGCAAAAAUCCCACUUUGGGCCCGAGUCUGCUGUUCUGUUGACCUUCAUCUCGGGCUGCGUGUCUUUGCUAAUGGGCACUUUGCAAUUAGGAUUUCUAAUAGACUUUAUAUCUGGUCCAGUUUCGGUCGGUUUUACGUCCGCUGCUGCAAUUAUUAUCGCCACAAGUCAAGUUAAAGACAUUCUCGGUCUCAGUAUUGGAGGCGGGAAAUUUGUUUUCGUUUGGCAGACAAUUUUCGAGCACAUUGGCGAAACAAGGUUGUGGGAUGCAGUACUUGGUGUACUUUGUAUGGUCAUUCUCCUCCUCUUAAGGAAAGCGCAGGAUCUUCCGCUCGUACCAAAGGAUGUGAAGGUGCCAACGACAUUCCAAAAGAUCCUCCUCAAAAUUCUUUGGUUAUUUGCAACUGCAAGAAAUAUUUUGGUAGUUGUAGUAUGUGCUGUGAUUUGUUGGCUAUUGGAGGCUCAUUUGGGUUCAUCACCAGUAGUCCUGACUGGUCACGUGAAACAAGGACUUCCGGAUAUAUUACUUCCUCCAAUGCAAACUCAAGUUGGAAACGAAACUUAUGGAUUUGCUUCCAUGGUUGCUGCCAUGGGGUCUGGAUGUUUCGUCAUUCCUCUUCUCAGCCUUCUGGAGACCAUCGCUCUUGCAAAAGUUUUCUCCGAUGGAACGCCAAUAGACGCCACUCAGGAGAUGUUGGCUCUAGGUGUCUGCAAUGUGCUAUCAUCCUUUGUGUCCUCAAUGCCAGUUAGUGGAGGUCUCAGUCGUGGAGCAGUGAACCAUUCUUCUGGAGUUAAAACGACUCUUGGAGGAGUCUAUACUGGAAUUCUGGUGCUGAUAUCUCUUCAGUUUCUGACACCAUAUCUGUAUUUCAUUCCAAAAGCCUCCCUUGCUGCUGUUAUCAUCGCAGCUGUCGUUUUUAUGGUGGAAUUCCAUGUGGUCAAACCCAUGUGGCGCACCAAGAAAAUCGAUUUAAUUCCGGCGAUCGCGACAUUUUUAUGUUGUCUCUUCGUGAGAUUGGAGAUUGGCAUUGUGAUUGGCAUUGGCAUAAAUCUUCUAUUCCUACUUUACGCUUCGGCCAGACCUUCUCUCCGAGUUAGCAAGGCUACAAGUAACAGCGGAUGUGUGUAUCUCGUCGUUACUCCAGAUAGAAGUCUCGCAUUUCCGAGUGUGGAGUACGUCCGGGCUGUCAUCAGCAAACAAGGAACUAAACAGGGAAUAUCUGUUCCAGUUGUCGUCGAUUCCACCCACAUUCAGGCUGCCGAUUUUACCGCAGCGAAGGGAAUCAAGAGUCUGAUCGAAGAUUUUGCCAGGAGGGGCCAGCCCCUUAUCUUCUAUAAUUUGAAACCAAGUGUUUUUGAGAUUUUCAGAGGUGUGAAUCCCUUAGAACUUAGGUGCUGCUACAGUGAAGUCGAACUAAAUGAUUAUCUUAAAACGUUUUCGAAUCACUCAAAUAAUGUAACGAGGCAUUGAAAGGAAGUAGCUGGGCAGAAGAAACAUUGAAAACAUCAGUAUUACAUCAGCAAAGUUGUGAUUUAAAACGUACACGCUGAUUUAUAACAUCUAGUUUUAAUUAUAACAGAAGUAAAGAUAUCAAAUUAGGAAUCAUCAUAAUGUAAUAAUUUAAGUGACAUAUGUAAAUAUUCUACGCAAAUUAUGUAAAAUAUAGAAAGUAUUUUAGCUGCAAGAAAUAUAAUUCAUCACAUGGAAAAUGCAAGCAUAAUUGUCGUAUCACCAUGUAUUGGUGUUCAUUCUUAAAAACUAAAGUUUUUUUUUCGACUAAGGAAGACUUAUUUUAUUUCCAGUUGUCUGGCACCAUUGGUUGGCUUCGCUAUGUAGAAAGUAGCAUUUCCUUUGUACCUAAAAGAAUUAUCUUGUAAAUAAAAAUUUCUUUCAGUAAA